AUGGCGAUUCAAACGUUUUCUGCUAUAGCGAGAAUUGAGUUAAGUGAUGAUCCCAUCGUUCACCUCUUCACCCGUCUACGAUAUGUCAACUGGAAUCUACUACACAACUGGUGCUACUGCGCUAGUACAACUGAGCUGGAACUCAGAGAACACUUUGAACAGUUCUUUACCAUCAAAGAAGUGAAAGUGAUCAGAAGCGCUGAUGGUGUCUCGAAAGGCUAUGGCUUUAUUACAUUUGAUACCGACGACGAAGCGGACUCAGUCCGUGGGAUGUCUCCAGACAAACUUGAAUUCAAAGGUCGUAAGCUGAAUCUUGGUCCGGCUCUUCGAAGAAUGUCACAGCGCUAUUCUACUGACUAUGCAAUCGCAACACCAACAGGUUUGGUACAGUCACCCACAUAUGGUUACACCUAUUCAUUUCCACCGCAGCCACCUUUUGUUAUGGUUAACGCACCACAGGCAUAUGUCUAUACGCCUGGUUCACCUGUCCCUCAGGCCAUGAUCUAUCCGGUCGCAGCACCAAAUGCUCCGGCUGCUGUAGAGCAGCCACCUGCAAAUCCUGCACCAAAUGGAACAGCUAACACACCAGACGGCUCUCCUACUCGUGCUCAGACAGCCGCGCAAAAUGCUGAACAGGGUGUGCCUGCUGCUGUGAAAGUGCCGGCAACCCCGCCCGCGACUGCUGCCAGCUCUUCAGUGUCGGUAGUGGCGGCACCAGUACCGCCACAGCAACCACAGCCUUGCAUUCAGUACCCAGUGUACGUGCAGCCGCAGGGCCCUCCAACACCGAUGACUCCAUCGGUUAUGCAUUCCCGUGGCUCUCCACCAAAUGUUUACAAUACUCCGCAAAUGACAUCGGUACCUACAGCUCCAUACUUUUCUGGCGCUGAAGCUCACAAUGUCCAAUAUCAACAGACUUUCUACUACAAUAAUACACCAAUGGCGGCAGCCGGAGAUGCGGCCAACAUGCAGAUGAUGUAUACUAAUGGGGCACCGGCUACACCCAUCUAUGGAGGUACUGAUUACAACCAGCAACCAGUCCAGCAGUCUCACGACUCGCCACCAAUAGCUCAAGGACUGUUUACGCCGUCGCCGCAACAUCAUGGAACUAAUCCUCAGGGUGGACGCUUUGUACGUACAUCUACGCGUGCAGUGAUGUCGCUGAAUGGGCAGUUUCAGUCGAUGCGCGUUUCCAGUGAUCACCCUAAAAAGGGGCAGAGCGAAGCUCUGCGUACGUCGGCGACACCCCCUGAAUCGCCUAAUUUCUAGGCACUUCAGGAAUGCCGUUACUUCCUAGGAGAGCAUACGCACCUAUUUCACCUUCACACGCAAUCAUACCGUCGCGCAGAACUAGCUGAGCGAAGCACUUUUCUUCGUUAUAUAAUCAGAAAGGCCUUUCUCAGACGAUCUUUCUAUUUGUGUCUCCUCUCAAGCUACUAUUGUUAUCGAACCUGACGGUCUCUUAGCAUUUACUUGUUUAAUCAAUAUACCUCUGUUUGACCCAUACUCGACCUCUGCCUUAGAUAUUUUUUACCCACCAUUCCAUACAUAUAUCGAUUUUAUAGUAAGAAUAAUAAUAGUUUGCUUUAUAUAGAUUUCUAGCUAUAUGGACUUUUCCCGUCUGCGUCUUUUUUGUAAACGCAUAAAACCCUUUGAGGUGUCAUUUUGACAUAUUCCUCUCCCCAUCCCACAGUAUCCCUUAUCAUACCUUUUAUCGUUGACUUGUAUCAUGUGUAUGCAAGUUUUAUCUGCGUCUAUAGGUUCGCUUUGCACAAAGUCGAAUGCGCAGUGUAAAUUCUUUUCUAUAUUCUCUUAUAGAGCAUUGUUAGAUAACAUGAAUAAUAAGUAAUAAAUGUUGUGCUCAAUGU